AUGUCUAUACAAAAUAAAACUCGGAAACGUAAAUGGGAUCUUGAUGACCAAGGAAAAGAGGCACCACCCCUUUCUACGACCUCAAAGUCUGCCAAAAUUGAUCCUAGUAGUGAUGCAUCUGAAUCUAGUGCGCCCUCACCUACACCUUCAAACUCUGAAUCGAUAGAUCCCAAUGUAGCUGCAGCUGUCGCGGCAGCAAAAAUCAAUGCUAUGCUUGCGGCAAAAGGUAUUCAGGUUCCAGCAAAGCCAUUAAUAGUCACAUCUAAAUUAGAUAUUUCUGAAAACGGCAGUUCGGAGGAUUCUAAAGCGUCUAAGAAAGAUUCUGAUUUGGAAUUUACUCAUGAUAUUACAAUCAAUGAUUGCAAAAACAGAUAUUUGUUGACUAAGGGUGCAACACAACAGCAGAUUCAGAAAGAAACUGGUGCAGAUGUAACGACACGAGGAAAAUACUACCCAGACAAGCUUCUUGCUACCGAAAAGGACCCUCCUCUUUAUUUACACGUGACUGCAUCAACUAAAGAGGCUUUAAAUGCUGCUAUCAAUAAAAUUACUGAGCUCAUGGAACAGACUUUUACACCGGCUCCAUCGACACCAACACCUCGUCCACCAGGGCAACACUUAGGACGACAGUUUGUUCAAGACAAAGUAUUUGUGGGAAUUGAACCUGAUCGCACAUUUAAUGCACGAGCUAAAAUCGUUGGCCCACAAGGUGCUUAUGUAAAGCAUAUUCAACAAGAGACGGGUGCAAAGGUUCAGCUUAAAGGUCGAGGAUCAGGCUAUGUUGAACCUACUUCGGGUACCGAGGCCUUUGAACCACUUCAUAUUCACAUCACUUGUUGGAGUCAAGAAGGAUUGGAUAGGGCAAAAAAAUUAUGCGAAGACCUCAUCAACACGGUAAAAAUAGAAUGGGAUAAACAUAAAGCACAACAGGCGGCAUAUUCUUCGUAUGGCAGGUCACCGUAUCCACGUCCACCUGUUUACGGACAACAGACGUUAUCUCCCUCUGGGACUUUCCCUCCUCCACCUGCAAAUCCUCCAUUGCCUAGUGGUCCCCCGCCACCACUUGGAAAUCCUCCACCUCCACCUCCACUUCCAAGUACAUCAACUGCAACAUCACUGCCUCCACUUCCCAAUUAUCCCCCUCCACCACCGCCUGCCUCUAGUCAAUACAAUGCCAGCACUACUAGUAAUGCUUACACAGCCGGUAGUCAGAACGCUGCGACAACUACUGCUUGGAAUCCUUAUAACCCUUACAAUCAAUCUCGAUAUUAUCAAUAUUCUCAAUAUCCUUACUAUCAGCAAACUGCUGCACAAGCAGUCGAUGCUAGUUAUUAUUAUGGAUAUACUGGGUAUCCAACUGCAGCUAAUUAUCAAACCGCAGGGUAUCAAACGCCAGCUACGCAGGCACCACCAGAUCCAUCAGCGUCAUCAACAACUCCCAGCACUACAACCUCACCUCCAACGUCUCCAUAUGAAGAUAAAAAACAAGGAAGCUCUUAUCACGCAGUUCCACCUCCGGACUCUUAUGAAAGCGAGAUAAAAAGUAAAUUCACCACUAUUAAUGUUAAUCUUCUUACAACAGAUAAUAUGAGAAUGACUAGUUUGCAACUGUACUGGAAGGAUAUAAUAAAAGAACGCAAAUUGAGACAGGAUCUUUCAGACUAUGAAGCAAGAAAGAUACGCAUUCUCCAAACUUUAUGUGACAUUGAGAAACAUAUACAAGUCAUCAACAUUGAACUUAUUAACAUA